AAAUUUGACAAUAUCGACGGUACUUCGAACAUGUCAAGACUGAGACUUUUGUUUGCUGAGGUCAGGAACGUGACUGAAAACAGAAAACUGAGAGCGAUAAACGCGGAUAAAAAGCGGUGAAAGUGUUUCCAGCGCAUACAUUCUCAAUUAGCCAUAAUGAGCACCAGCACUCCCUCCUUCAACAUGAUUGACUACAACUGGACACCGACACCUGAGAAUGUCAACGCGUUUUCUCCGCUCAUCACCGUCAUCCCUGACAAUAACUCAGACACAUUACCACCUAUGCCCUUCAAUGAAGUUACUGCAGUCAUCUAUAGCAUUGUCUUUAUUGUGGGUUUCCUUGGGAACACGCUAGCCAUCUAUGUGUUGGCCCGCUACACCAAGAUGAAUUCAGUAACUAACAUGUACAUCCUCAAUUUAGCCGUGGCAGAUGAACUUUACAUACUGGGAAUUCCUUUCUUGGGGACCAACAGUACCCUUUCCUACUGGCCAUAUGGGAAUUUUCUCUGCAAAGUCUGCAUGACUGCCGAUGGAAUGAGCCAAUUUGCAUCCACAUUUUGCCUGACUCUCAUGAGCAUUGAUCGCUUCCUGGCAGUUGUUUAUCCCAUUCGCAGUUCCAAAUGGCGGAAGCCAAACGUGGCCAAGAUCUUCAGUGGCAUUGUGUGGAUUGUUUCUUUUCUGAUGGUGUUGCCGCUCACCAUCUUCUCAAACGUACAGGAAAAGUUCAACACCUGUAACAUAAGCUGGCCUGAGACAUCUGCGCUGUGGUCCCUUGCUUUCAUCCUCUACACAUCUAUCCUGGGUUUCUUUGCCCCACUGGUGAUCAUCUGCAUCUGCUACCUGAUCAUUGUCAUCAAGGUAAAGUCAGCAGGAGUGCGUGCAGGCCUGACUAAGCGACGCAAGUCCGAGCGCAAAGUGACACGAAUGGUGUUGAUCAUUGUGCUAGUGUUUGUACUUUGCUGGCUGCCAUUCUUCACUACCAACCUUGUCAACCUAGUUUAUGUAAUCCCUGAAUCCAAAACCAAUGCUGCAAUCUACUUCUCCCUGGUGAUCCUCUCCUACGUCAACUCCUGUGUUAACCCAUUCCUUUACGGCCUCCUCUCUGACAAUAUGAAGAAGAGCUUCAAGAAAGCGUUAUGCUUCCAGAAAUCAAAUGUGGUUGUCAACAGAGAUAAUGCGACGGAUAGAAAUCAUUCCAAGGUAAAUCAUCAUCAUGUUUUCCACUGACUGUAAACACAGUAUUGAUGUGAUUACACUGACCCUGUUUCUAAAAAGUGAGGAUGGUGUGCAAAUGCUCAAGAAACUAGCACCAUUAUUGUUAUUAGCACCAUUGCCUCACAGCAAGAGGGUUCUGGGUUUGAGUCUCGGGGGAACCAGGACCUUUCUGUGUGGAGUCUGCAUGUUCUCCAUGUGUCUGAGUGGGUUCUCUCCGGCUUCUCCGGCUUCCUCCAACCGUCUUUAUGGUGUCUGCACAUGCAUAAAAAAAAACCCUUAUGUAGAACUUGAAACUUAAUUUCAGUAUACAUUGUUACACAUAUUAAAAAUAAAUUAUGUAGGCCUUCUGAGUGCUCAUUCUAAAACAUGUACAAUGUGUCUUUAAAAGCCAUUGCCAUUGUUCACAGUGACUUUAGGCAUUUUCGUGCUAUGGAGAAGGUUUUCCAUUUAUAUGGAAGUUUGAUUUGUAUAAGAGUUACAAAUAUAGCUAACAUAGAUACUUUUUCAUUCUCUGUGUCUCAUUCUUGUCUUGAACAAAAGCAAAUAAUUUUUCCAUUGACUUGUUUCUUCCAUCAUUUUCUUGUCAUUUUAUAAUACUACCAGCUCCACGACGUACCCUUACAUACACAGAGGUCUAAG